AUGAUGCAUGUUGAUAAUGAUCUUCCAGGCGUGUUCUUUAUUGAUGGUCCAGGUGGAACUGGAAAAACAUUUUUGUACAUUGCCUUGCUUGCUGAAAUUCGGUCACGUGGUCUUAUUGCUCUCGCAACAGCUUCGUCAGGUGCAGCGGCUAAUAAUAUGCCAGGAGGUAGAACGGCUCACUCGAGAUUCAAGAUUCCUCUUAAUCUUGAAAAUAAUUCAAUGUGCAAUAUCAAAAAACAGAGUGGGGCCGCUAAACUGAUUCGGUCUGCCAAAAUAAUCAUAUGGGAUGAAGCGUCGAUGGCUAAACGACAAGCGAUAGAGGCAGUCGAUCGUACAUUCCAAGACAUUAUAGGUGUUAGUCUCCCAUUUGGUGGAAAGAUAAUGGUUAUGGGAGGUGACUUCAGACAGGUGUUGACGGUUAUUAAACGUGGCACUCGAGCACAGAUUGUAGACUCCAGCGUACGAAUGUCACCUCUUUGGUCUUUGACGAAGAAGAUGCGGUUAACCAUAAAUAUGAGAGCGCUGAAAGAUCCAUGGUUUUCUAAAUUUCUUUUAAGAGUCGGCGAUGGAACUGAAGAACCAAUCGAAGGAAACUAUAUCCGCAUACCCGAUGACAUGACAAUUCAGUGCAACAACAGAGAAAACGCUAUAAAAGAAUUGAUCCAUGCCAUCUUUCCAUCAAUUGAAGAUAAUGUAUAUUCUUCAGAUUAUAUAAUCUCUAGAGCAAUAUUGUCCACUAAAAAUGAUAGUGUUGACGAGAUUAAUAAUCAAAUGAUUGAAAUGCCGCCUCAUAAGCUUCGUUUAAAAAUUGGAUGCCCAAUAAUAUUGUUACGUAAUAUCGAUCCAUCUCAUGGCCUGUGUAAUGGCACGCGUCGGUCAACAUGCCGGAAAAAGAGUUUUUUUGCCAAGAAUCCCUCUAACCCUUUCUGA